UUGAUAACUAUGAAAACGUUGAUAAAAUGGAUGCUCAUUAUGCCUCUUAUAAAAGCUUAAGUUCAAUUCUUGACGAUGAAAAAAUGUCUCAAGAAGUUCGCAAUAUUACCCAGAAACUCUUGAAAAGCAAAAAAACCGAUGUUUCCAAAGCUAAUAAUAGCUUUUGGAACACUUCGUCACCUGCAUCGUCAUCGUCCAAUAACGGAAAAAAGAGAAGUGCGACAGAAUUAAUAAGCACUUCAUCUAUAAUUCCUACUAUUAACACAGAAAUGACAUGCUUUGUUCCUGACGAAGAUGUGCCUUUGAAAGCAAAUGGUUCAUUAGAUAUCCUUGAAGUGAUAAAGAAAUUGGGGAAUAAUAAUCUACACGGUUACGGCAUUUCAAAUUGCAUUAAGUUUAUUGGCGAUCUGGAGUUGGCUAAUGUCGAAUCAGCAGCUACUGGACUAACCGAUGAUUUAUCGGAACGUAUCCGUGCUUGUGUUCCUCAUAAAUUUUAUGAACAUUUACCCGCCAUAUCAUGGAGCGAAUUUAAUCAAAGGGUUAUGACAGGAGCUAACCUUGUUAUAGCGGAAGGGUUAGUAUUAGAUAUCCAUAAAUGGAUUCUAAUACAUCCAGAUGGACAAAAGAUAUUACAACGUGUCAUUGGGACAGAUAUUACCAACGACUUCUUUUUCAAUCCAUCAGUUGUAACAGUAAUUAAUCAGAACUUAACGUAA